UACAGACACUCGCGCGUCGGUAUAUACGAAGAGCCGCUCCUUCUUUCUCCAGCUUCCCAGCUUCCUCCACUGUUCUUCAUCUUCGACACUGUCUCUCUAUGAUAGGUUUUCGGUUUUGUUUUUGAGUUUAGAAAAUGAACUAGUUCAUGGCCUGUGAAGCGACGAUAAAAAUGGCUUUGAACGGAAAAUAACUGGAGAGACUGAGAGAGAGAGAAAUAAAAUGCGAACGCUUUGCGAUGUGUGCGAGAACGCAGCCGCGAUUCUCUUCUGCGCCGCCGAUGAGGCUGCUCUUUGCCGUGCCUGCGACGAAAAGGUCCAUAUGUGUAAUAAGCUUGCCAGUAGACAUGUACGAGUUGGGCUAGCUGAACCCAGUGAAGUUCCACGCUGUGAUAUAUGUGAGAAUGCGCCCGCUUUCUUUUACUGUGAGAUAGACGGUAGUUCGCUUUGCCUGCAAUGUGAUAUGAUUGUACAUGUUGGUGGCAAAAGAACCCAUGAGAGAUAUCUCCUCUUGAGGCAAAGAGCUGAGUUUCCAGGGGAUAAAACUUCUCAUUUGGAGGAGUUAGGGCUGCAACUUUCUGAUAAAAAUGAUGUAAGAAAGGACCAAAAUAUGCCUUCUAAAUUAACAAUGAAAGAAAACCAGCAAAAUCACCGGGGCUCCCCUAUUCCAAUGCUAGAAAAUAAUUUCGAUGGCGAUAGCAAGGUGGAUAAUAAUUUGAUUGAUCUUAACACUAGGCCCGAAAGGAUACAUGGGCAACCUUCAACUAAUCAGGGAGUGGACGUUUUGGUUGGCAACAAUCAUGACUCUGCUAGUGUGGUUCCUUUUGGGUCCGUCAAAAGUGAGCCUGAGAAAUGAGCAGUUUUCAUAGCAUGGACAGAAUCUGGAGGACUUAGAAGUGCCUUAUGGUGUCACUUUCACUUUCCUCGAAUCCCGAAAGACAGACUUCCUGCAAAGAAGCCCUUCUAGCCGCCAAUCGGUCCUUUAGUAUUUAGUUCAAGCGGCAUCCCAUUGCUCUUUUUUUUUACGGGGCCAUCUUCUAAUUCUAAGGCCAGGAACUUUAUUCUGUAGAAUUGAAUGCUGUAUGCUAAAUGCAAAGAGCAGAGUCUCUAUGUGCAUUCUCUCGUUUUGGUCAAUUCUGAGUUUGGUUUAGUUUGGUUUCUUGUAAAUGUAUACUGUUAGCUAGCAUAUUUGUUGGAUGUGAAUUGUAAUUUGUAAAUCUCGUGGUUCUAAUUCUAAGAUCUCAUUGCUGCUACCAGCAUAAGAAAUUCCAUUUUUGUUUUAGUUUGUGAAUUUUUAGAAGUUAAUAUCUGGCCAGAGCUUGAU